AUGGAGCUGGCAACUGUUGUUCGUGAGCCCUCGGCGCCGCAUACGCACACCGUCGUCUUCCUCCACGGCCGCGGGGACAACGCAAAGAACUUCGCUCGGACACUCGGCUACUCAUGGGGUUCGGAUGAAAAGCCGCUCUACGGUGCCUUUCCCUCGUUCCGCUGGGUCUUUCCACAGGCACCCGUGCGUCGGUCCGCGAAUGGGUACGGCAUCAUGCCCCAGUGGUUUGACACGUGGAGCUCGGCCGACUUCUCCGAGCGCGAGGAGAUGCAGGUCCCCGGGCUGCAAGAGAUCGUACCCGCGAUUCGACAACUGCUCGCCGCCGAGGCGGACAAGCUGGGCGGCCGCUGGGACAAGGUGGUGCUCGCGGGCAUCAGCAUGGGCGGCGCGACGAGCGCACACACCAUGUUCAACCUGGCCAUACCGCCGCCGGGCCGACUGGGCGCGUUGAUGACCUUUUCGUCGCGCUGUCCCUAUGUCGGCCGUCCCCUCGCGGAGCUGCGCGCCAUCCUCCACCUCGCCGAUGUCCCGGACGACGCGAAUGUCCUUUGCAACACGCCCAUGCUGCUCGAGCACUGCACGGACGACGAUCUCGUGCCAGCCAGUACGGGGCAUGCCCUGCGGGACACGAUGAUCCGCUUCGGGGCGCAGGUGACGUGGAAGGAGUAUCCGGACGGCGGACAUUGGUUCAACGCGCCACAAGGCAUCGACGACGCUGUGGCGUUUCUCAAAACGCAUCUCCUUGGGGAAGGACGAGACGAAGCGAAGGCAGAACCAACGGUCAACUGA